GAGAGAGAGAGAACUACAGGUCGCCUCGUUAGUUGGUUCCUGAAGGUAGUUGUGAAGGGCAUUCGAGUCAUAGCUUGGGAGUUCCAGAUUUCUCUCACUGGAGGGACGCUACACAUUUAUGCGCCCACUCUGCCUCUUGGUGUGGCUAACUAAACCUCUGACCAAAGGUAAUCCCUGGCUGACCCGUUGACCUGCAGCAGGCCUAGCAAGCGUGCGUGUGUGUGGGUGUGUGUGUGUGUGUGGCCGGCAGGAUGGCAGAAGCACAUCAGGCUGUGGGGUUCCAGUUCACGGUCACCCCUGACGGCAUUGACCUACACCUGAGCAGGGAGGUGCUAAAGCACAUCUACCUGUCUGGGGUCACCUCCUGGAGGAAGAGGGCCAUCAGGUUCAAGAAUGGCGUCCUGACGGGUGUGUAUCCCGCCAGUCCGUCCAGCUGGUUGAUCAUGGUGAUCGGCGUCAUGAGCACCAUGUACGCCCGGGUGGACCCAUCACUGGGCAUGAUCGACAGGAUUAAAAACACCUUACCUGUCGGUGAGUACCUGACAGUGCAGACUCAGACGGUGCUGAGUGCCGUGGUGUUUGCCACAGGGCUGUGGCUGGCCCUCAUCAUGCUGCUGCGCUACACACUCAAGCUGCUGCUCUCCUACCACUGCUGGAUCUUCGAGUGCCACGGCAGGAAGAGCUUCUCCACCAGAGUCUGGCUGAACCUGGUGAAGAUAUUCUCGGGUCGGAGGCCUCUACUCUAUAGUUUCCAGGCUUCUCUUCCCAGACUGCCAGUACCCAGCGUGGAUGAUACCAUCAGCAGGUAUUUGGAGUCAGUGCGCCCUCUGCUGGAUGAUGAUCAGUACAAUCAGAUGGAGGUCGUGGCCAACGAGUUUAAAAAGGACCCUGCACCUAAACUCCAGAAAUACCUCAAGCUCAAGUCCUGGUGGGCCAGCAACUAUGUGAGCGACUGGUGGGAGGAGUUUAUCUACCUGAAGGGGCGGGGUCCCAUCAUGGUCAACAGUAACUUCUAUGUGAUGGAUCUUAUGUAUGUGACCCCCACCCACAGACAGGCAGCUCGGGCAGGUAACGUGGUCCACGCCAUGCUGCAGUACCGACGCAAGCUAGAGCGCGGAGAACACGCCCCACUAAGGGCCCUUGGUGUAGUCCCUAUGUGCUCUUUUCAGUAUGAGAGAAUGUUCAAUACCACCCGCAUCCCUGGCAUUGACACAGAUUUCGUGCAGCACCUGUCGGACCGUAAGCACGUGGUGGUGUACCACCGCGGGCGCUUCUAUAAGGUGUGGCUCUACUUCGGGGGGCGCCAUCUGUGGCCGUCUGAGCUGGAGCUGCAGUUCCAGAGGAUCCUCAAUGACCCCUCACCCCCGCAACCAGGAGAGGUCAAACUAGCCGCCCUCACAGCCGGGAACAGAGUUCCCUGGGCUCGUGCGCGUCUGAAGUACUUCAGUGAGGGAGUGAACAAGGCGUCCCUGGAGGCCAUCGAGACGGCGGCGUUCUUCCUCACGCUUGACGACGAGGCCCACGGAUACGACCCGGAGAAGCUGAAGUCACUGGACCUGUACGCCAAGUCCCUACUGCACGGGAAAUGCUACGACAGGUGGUUUGAUAAGUCCUUCUCCCUGAUUGCCUAUAAGAACGGUAAAAUGGGUGUUAAUGUGGAGCAUUCAUGGGCCGACGCUCCUAUAGUGGGACACAUGUGGGAGUACGUGUUGGCCACUGACUGCUUCCAGCUGGGCUACACAGAGGAGGGCCACUGCAAGGGGGACGUCAGUAAGGGUCUGGCCCCGCCCACCAAACUCCAGUGGGACAUUCCAGUGGCAUGUCAGGAGAUCAUUGAGGGCUCAUACCUCCUGGCGAAGGAGAUCGCUGAUGACGUGGACUUCCAUGGCUACGUGUUUGAUGAGUUUGGCAAAGGCCUGAUCAAGACGUGCAGGACCAGUCCUGAUGCCUUUAUCCAGAUGGCUCUGCAACUAGCGCACUACAGGGAUAAGGGCGAAUUCUGUCUGACCUACGAGUCGUCCAUGACACGGAUGUUCCGUGAGGGUAGGACAGAAACGGUUCGCUCCUGCACCUCUGAGUCCACAGCCUUUGUCAAAGCCAUGGAGAACCUCAAGGAAAAGAAGGAGGAGCGUUUGGCUCUGUUCCGGAAAGCGUCGGAAAAGCACCAGCACAUGUACCGGUUGGCAAUGACCGGUGGGGGCAUCGACCGGCACCUCUUCUGCCUCUACAUCGUCUCUAAGCUGCUGGGCAUCGACUCACCUUUCCUCAAGCAGGUGCUGUCGGAGCCCUGGCGCCUCUCCACCAGCCAGACCCCCCAGCAGCAGAUCAACCUGGUGGACCUGCAGAAGCACCCCAAAUACGUGGGCCUGGGAGGGGGCUUCGGCCCAGUAGCGGAUGAUGGUUAUGGUGUAUCUUAUAUUAUCAUUGGGGAAAAUCUCAUCACAUUCCACAUCUCCAGCAAAUUCUCCAGCCCAGAGACGGACUCCUACCGGUUUGGCCAGAACAUCCGCCAGGCCAUGCUGGACAUCCGAGCGCUCUUUGAACAGAAGAACGACAAGAAGAAGGAGAAGGAGGAAAAAAAAUCACCUGUAGCCUUGACCACUGCACAUCUCACGAGACACACCCCACGAGACACACUUCACGAGACACACCCCACGAGACACACCCCAUGACACACACCUCACGAGACACACCCCAUGAGACACACUUCACGAGACACACCUCACGAGACAUACCCCAGGAGACACACUCCACGAGACACACCUCACGAGACAUACCCCAUGAGACACAGCUCACGAAACACACCCCACGAAACACACCCCAUGACACACACCUCACGAGACACACCUCAUGAGACACACCCCACGAGACACACUUCACGAGACAUACCCCAUGAGACACACUUCACGAGACACACCUCAUGAGACAUACCCCAUUAGACACACUUCACGAGACACACCUCACGAAACACCCCAUGACACACACCUCACGAGACACACCUCAUGAGACACACCCCACGAGACACACUUCACGAGACAUACCCCAUGAGACACACUUCACGAGACACACCUCAUGAGACAUACCCCAUGAGACACACUUCACGAGACACACCUCACGAGACACACCUCACGAAACACACCCCAUGACACACCCCAUGACACACACCUCACGAGACACACCUCAUGAGACACACCCCACGAGACACACUUCACGAGACAUACCCCAUGAGACACACUUCACGAGACACACCUCACAAAACACACCCCAUGACACACACCUCACGAGACACACCUCAUGAGACACACCCCACGAGACACACUUCACGAGACAUACCCCAUGAGACACACUUCACGAGACACACCUCAUGAGACAUACCCCAUUAGACACACUUCACGAAACACACCUCAUGAGGCAUACCACAGCUGCUUCAAUUUCAAAUGAGCUUCAAGUCUCUAAGGAUGGAUUUACAUAGAUAGUGACUACACCAUAUGUACAGGCACAAUAGCGAGGCACUGACUGAGAAUGAAGACUAAAAUCUAAAAUAUAAGCCAUUGAGCCUUCAUAGCACUUUGUCCAUAAGAUUUGCGAUGACAAGAGUGUUGACUUUAGUUGCACAUCAGGCCGAAGGGCGAGUCCAGAGUUGGAGAGGCGUGUACAGAGUUGGAGUCAGCUGCUUUUUGAGAUGCUAUUUUUAUGGAAAUAGUGCCUCUCAGAGUAGCGCUCUAAGCAGCACAGCAUAGAGCAUCUCUGCUGCACAGCGUAGAGCAUCUAGGCUGCACAGCGUAGAGCAUCUCUGCUGCACGGAGUAUAGCAUCUCGGCUGCACGGAGUAUAGCAUCUCGGCUGCACGGAGUAGAGCAUCUCAGCUGCACAGAGUAGAGCUCUCAGCUGCACAGUGUAGAGAUUUAAGAUGUAACUAGCAUCACAAGCUCUACCUCACCCAGUAAUAUUCAUUAAGAUUCCAAGAGACCCUCUAGUCAGCUGCUUUUGGAGAUUAAGAUGUAACUAGUGCCGCACAGACUAGAGCUCUCUCAUGAGGAAGAUAGCCACUUUACUCUCACACCCAGCAAUACUCAUUAAGAGGCCAUGUAAGAGACCUUAUAGCCAUUAUCUGUGGCCCACAGCAGUGAAGACUUUGUAGCACACUACACUGACUGUGGGCCACCUAAGUGCAUACUUUGUAGUACACUACACUGACUGUGGACCACCUAAGUGCAUACUUUGUAGUACACUACACUGACUGUGGGCCACCUAAGUGCAUACUUUGUAGCAUACUUUGCACCCUUCAGUCUAGAAAUAAAAUGAUAAGAAAAUGUAGAGAAGUAGACUACUUACUAGUAACAAGGUAGCGCACUAAGCAUUGGGUUGAUGGCUGACGUAUUAAAGCUUUAAUGUGUGAUGAGAUGCGUAAUAUUGAUAUGUGGCCCCUGACACAAGUGUGUGUGUGUGUGUGUGUGUGUAAGGGAUACAUGUGGCACAAGUGUAUGUAUAUGUACAGUUGUAAAUACUCUUGAGCUUUGGGCUAUGUACAGCGGAGAUUCAUUAUGUAUGGGUUAUCUGUAUUAGAUAAAGAAAGAUGUUUGUGGA